UGUGUGGAAAGGAAAAACACAAAAUAACUAGAAAUUGUAAACAUUGUCGCAACAUGGAUGGAAACAAACGGCAAUCAGCAGACGAAGAAUCUGUGAAUGGCGGGAAAGCGCUGCACAGAUCUGGUGAUGAGUGAGCGCGUGUCACGCCACAGCGCCGUCUGACGUCGUCUCGGGCCUUAUCUCCCCCUGACUCACUUCGCUGCUCACAGGAAAAAAAGUAUUUUAACAAGUUUAUCGUAUUUUUCUAUCAUCAAGGAGUUUUUUCAAAGAAAAUAGAAAGCUUAGAAGAUGAAGAUGAAAGUUCUGCUACUUCUGCCCGUUCUGACCGUUUCAGAGAUGGUCAGCAUAUACAGGGAGUGUGCAGGCGGUCCUUUGGGUGCAGUUCAGUCUUUGGAUAUAAAUGUUGAUUGUUCUAGCGGCGUCUGUCGUCUGCAGCACAAUCACAACGUCACUCUGUCCGUCACCUUCCAACCUCAGAAAGACAUCACAGAAGCAAAGAGCUUACUGUUCGGCAUUAUAGCGAAUACUCUCAAAGUACCAGGUCCUUUUCCCGGCAUGCCCAUCAACGCCUGCCAGAACAUCGUUGGUGGCUGCCCUGUGACAGCUGGCACUACGCGCACCUACAUCUCCACGGUCUUUAUAAAGCCCUCGUAUCCAAAGAUUCGCCUGGUGGUUCAGUGGGAGCUGCGCGAUCAAGCUGAUCAAAAGGUUUUCUGUUUCGCUGUUCCGGUCGAGAUAGCAGCCUAAAGACACGUUUCUCACAAGAAGUUCACACUUAUGCAUCAUGUUUAUAAACAGUUGUUGCUUCGUUAGCAUGGCUUAGUGUUGUGUCUCCCUUUUUCAGAACAUCGGCAGCAACUGAUUUUUCAGUUACAUAGCAAACCAUACAGUGUUGAAAAGUAAUCCUUCUGAAGAUAUUUAAGGAUAAAUGUAAGGAGAAUAUGUCAUGGUUAAAGCAAAUUGCUCAUUGUUUCAACGUUGUGAAAUCAUAACAUUUUCAUUAUAUAUUUAGAAUUCAGAAUAAUAAAUCUUGCAAACACGCAAAAGAA